AUGCUGGAGCUGGGGGACCCCCGGCAGCCUGGAGGGGAGACCAUGAAGAGGGAGGAGCCCUGGGACCCUCAGGAGCCUGAAAUGAGCCCCGAGCUGAGAACGGAGAGCGCAGAGGACAAAUUCCCCCGUGAGACCCUGGAGAAACCCUUCCAGUGCCUGGAAUGUGGGAAGAGCUUCGGGAAGCGCUCCAACCUCAUCCGACACCAGCUUAUCCACACUGGGGAAUGGCCCUACACGUGUCAGGAGUGUGGGAAGAGCUUCAGGUACAGCUCGCACCUGAUUCGACACCAGCGCAUCCACACUGGAGAACGGCUUUACACGUGUGAGGAAUGUGGGAAGAGCUUCAGGAGCAGCUCUAACCUGAUCCAACACCAGCACGUCCACACUGGAGAAGGGCCCUACACGUGUGGGGAAUGUGGGAACAGCUUCAGCCAGAGGCUCCACCUUGUCACCCACCAGCGCAUCCACACUGAGGAAUGGCUCUACAAGUGCUUGGAAUGUGGGAAGAGGUUUCAGCGCAGCUCACAUCUUCUCCAGCACCAGCGGACACACACGGGGGAGAGGCCCUUCCACUGCACCGACUGUGGGAAGAGCUUCAACCAGAACUCCCACCUCGUCACCCACCAGCGCAUCCACACCAGGGAGAGGCCCUACAAGUGUGGGGAGUGUGGGAAGAGCUUCACCCAGAGCUCUAGUUUGACCCAACACCAACGGACCCAUCGGUAA